AAAAAAAAAAAAAAAAAAAAAAAAAAAAAAAAAAAAAAAAAAAACUCGCAUCUUCGAGUGUUCCCUCCACGCUCUCCGCCUCCUUCACCCCGUCUCUCCCUUUCUUCCCCACGCUCUUUCACUUCCCUGGCCUGGGAGUUCGGCUGGACCGUUGUGCGACUGUCCACUAAUCGUCUCUGCUGUGCUGUGGCUGGGUUCGCGCAUUUCUUUGUGUCUUCGGUUUGCAACUUCGAUAGCUGUUCACAAUGCGUAUGAAUUUUCAGCGUGCUUGGGCCCAUGUCCCUCUUUCUGCCCAAUUGGCUCUCCUGUGGGAGCGUAUUACAUUGUCUAAGCUUACGACCUUCUACUUCGUCUUCUCGGUCCUCCAUUUUGCCAUCCAACUCGGCCUCCAGAUUGAAGCAUUCGCCAUCAACGCUAACGCGGCAUCGUUCUUGGGUGGCCUUGUCAGCCAGGGAAACGCGACUCAGGACGGUUUCACAGUAUGGGAUGGUGCUCUGCGCAUGUGUACGGCCGCGCCUGAGUCCCUGAGUGCGGAGUCUUGCGAGAUCCUUUGGCAGCCAACCUCCAUGACUGGAAACAGCAGCGUCGAUCUCACCAAUGCAAACGUGACGUCCGCCGUCUCUAGCUCCAUUGUCUCGACUGCCUCCUCUGCAUCCGCAUCUUCAGCUGCGUCGACAACUUUGCUGUCAUCAUCGACUGUAUCCUCCAGCAGUAGCGCCGCCCUCUCAAGUUCUUCCUCUUCGAUGGUCCUCACUUCGGCUAUCUCCACGUCCCUCAAGUACGCCUUGUCUACAGCAGUCACGUCUAGCACUUCCCUGCCCUCGGCCUCAACAAAAGCGUCAGUGCUCAACUCUACAUCCUCCGCUACGCGGACUGUCACGGUGACGCACGCGACGUCAUCUUCGGCAACGCCUUCUUCGACGUCGGAAGUCUCCUCCACGGACGAGGAAGUUGAGUAUGACGAAAAGGACGUUGAGGAUGAGGAUGAGGAUGAGGAUGAUGAGCAUCAUCACCGUCGCUCGAUCUCCUCCCAACCCGUAGUCGUUAACGGACAACAUGAAUUGAAGUUCAGCGGUGACGGGUUCAAUGACGUGACAUUGAGCUACACAUGCUUGACUGUGCUGAAUUGGCCUCUAUCACAGUUGGAUAACACCAAGCGCGAGGAUAUCACCUUCAUCAUGUUCCAGUUCUGGUUACUGGCGAUGUCCCUUGUUGCCCUCCUCAACGAGUCGAUCCCGCACAUAAUUGCAACUCUGCUGAUGCAUGUUGCCGCCUCAGCUUGGGGAGGCUUCCAAAUCUACGACACGGCGCUAUUCCAUAGUGAAUUCUCGCAGCUGGCUACCAACGGUGCUUGUCAUGUGAACCUGUUGCCGACGUAUUGGGACCAGCGGGCCGACGUUGAAAUACCCAGCCUUGCACUCAACGGCGUAGCUUUGAUCGUAUCUGCCGUGCUCUCCUGGAGGCUGAUCAAGUCAUUCGGAUGGCAGACGUUCAAACGUGUCGGAGCGUCCCGCACCAUCAACCGGAUCUACAAUGUUGUACUGCUGCUCUCCAUCUCUAUUCAAGUCGCGCUGUUCUUUAUCGCCGUAACCGCGGGUCUGUGGAUCGACCAGCUCAUCAACGGUUAUAUCGCCUGUCACACGGACCACGCCCUUGCGUUCAAGGUUGUAGACGUUGUGGUACUUGCGAUCUUGGUGCCUUGGCUCGGCUUGGGCUGGGUCUCCGUGCGGCGGGAAAAGAGACUUCCCAUGCUAGCUUUCCUUCUCUUAGCUGUCGUUUACCUCGCUGGAUGGGGUUCUAUGUUCGCGGCCGCCACUUUCCGCUGGACCUUCGUACAGUGGCGGUUCUUCAGUAUCAUGGCAUCAGCUUCUGUCCUUUUGGCGGUAGUGACGCUUGUAUUGGGCAUCAUAUGCCGCGUCAACUUCGGCAAGGGCCUUCCGCGAUACUUAAACGCUGAGGAGCCAUUGUCAGACGGCGACGACUUCCUUCCCACUGCUGUGGAGACCAAAGCUGGGAAGGACGUCGAGAAGGUCGAGUUCCCUUCGACUAACACGCUUGUUCCGACUUACAUGGGCUCCUAUCCGGAUCAAGUAGAGCCCAGUGCAAGAGCCAUGGGCCCACGCUUCUUCAAUUCUUCGGUGCAACCCUUCGAGUCGCAGCCGGACCCUCCGCCCAUGUACGGCGCGUACGGGUCGGGUUCGCCCAUGUCCUCCAAGACCGCCGUGGGCGAGACACAUAGUCUCAAGCGCACCCCGACCAACAGCAGCAAUGCGUCGAGUGGGAGCAACAACAGCACACGGUCAAAGCGUUGGGUUAUCGAGUGAUUCUUCUUUCACGCGUCACGACUGUUUCUUGACCAUACAGCCACGGGUGGUCUGUAUCUUAGUACGUUUGCGUUGUAGACUAUUGUACGUUCUGCGCGAUACUGGCUUAGCUUGCGAUAGCCCAUUUGGGUUCGACGUCUACUUGUCUGCGCCCGGCCGGAUGCACAUCUGGAAUGUGCGCAUCUCGACCGCAUGGGCCCUACG